UCCGAAUUCCUGAGUGCUCAAAUCCCAACGGAUCCCUGGAACCCCAUUGUCAUGCUCCAUUGCCCGCCAUACGCAGCCUUUCUCUGCGUCUCCUCGCUGCUCUGUCUGCUUCUCAUGGCGCCGAUCGACCCGCACUCCAACACGCAGGCCGGCGAGCCGCUAACGACGUUCGUGGACCUAAAUUUGAGUGUCGAUUUCGACACCAAGCGGAUUUCAGGAACGGCGCGCUUAGUCCUAGACAAACCCGCGACGGGGGCGUUGAGCCUCGACACGCGCGACCUGAGCAUCCUCGCCGCCACUGACGCCGCCGGGAACGACGGUGAGGCCGUCAGGCUCUUCGUCAGACUCGUCGUCAGGUUCGCUGAUCUUUGCUUGACUUGCUAUUGCCUCACCACCUUCGGUGAUGCUCCUCGUCCGUCCUCACACCAAGCCUAGUGCCCGUUCCCUCAUCCCUAUUUGCCCGUUCCCUCAUCCCUAUUUCUUCGUCUCUCAAGCUUCCACGCUCUCCUACCCAUUUGUGCCCUUCCAGGUGCAUCCGCCACACCACGUCCGCGGAUCGCUACUCGCCCUCUCCCUGCACUCCAAUGAGGUCACCAUCCGCUUCCACACCGGACCCAACGCCUCAGCGCUGCAGUGGCUGACGCCGGAGCAGACAGCUGGCGGGCAGCAGCCGUACGUGUUCACGCAGUGCCAGGCCAUCCACGUGCGCUCCGUGUUCCCCUGCCAGGACACGCCGCAGGCGCGUAUCAAGUACAAUGCACGAGUAAACAUCCCUGCUGGCCUGCACGCAGUCAUGAGCGCGCAGCACGUGGGCACGGAGCAGACAGCAGACGCCGCCCGCGUGGAUGAGGUGUUUGCCAUGGAGCAGCCCAUCCCACCGUACCUCUUCGCACUCGCCGUGGGAGACAUUGCGUUCAAGACACUCAGUCCGCGAGUCAAGGUGUAUGCUGAGCCAUCGCAAUUGGAGGCAGCAGCAUUCGAGUUCAGCGAGACGGAGGAGAAGAUCAAGGCGGCCGAGGCGCUGUUCGGCCCGUACGGGUGGGGCGACUUCAACCUGCUGCUCAUGCCGCCCGCCUUCCCCUACGGCGGCAUGGAGAACCCGCGCUGCACCUUCCUCACGCCCACGCUGCUGGCUGGCGACCGCUCACUGGCCAACGUGGUGGCGCACGAGCUGGCGCACAGCUGGACGGGUAACCUGGUUACGAACGCGGACUACUCGUCCUUCUGGCUGAAUGAGGGGUGGACGGUGUACGCGGAGCGGCGGAUUCUGGAAGCCCUGGAGGGGGCUGAGAAGGCGAGGCUGGACGCGGCUAUGGGUUGGUUGGACCUGCAGAAGGGCCUUUCGCGUUUCACUUCUGAUACGGGCUCAUCCAGCCGUCGGUUCACACAGCUGGAUCUGGGAACGGACGGCCUGGAUGAGUUCGAUCCAGACGAGGUGUUUUCUGAGGUGCCUUACGAGAAAGGGUUCUUUUUCCUCACCCGCCUGGAGCACGCUGUGGGGCGCCCGGCCUUUGACGCGUUUAUCACCAAGUACAUCAGCAAGUUUGCUUUCCAGUCCAUCACCACUGCCACCUUUCUCGAGUUCCUCCAAGCAGAGCUGCCGCAGGUGAUGGAGAAGGGAGGGGAGAGCUGGGUGGAUGUGGAGGAGUGGGUAAGAGGACAAGGAAUGCCGGCCGAGGCGGAGUCUAUCGUGCCGCAGUCUGCCAGCCUGGCAGCCGUGCAGCGGGCGGCGAAUGGAUUUAAGGCCGAUCCGAAGUCGAAUUUUGGGCGGGCAGAUGCGAGUGAUUGGGGACCGGAUGAGUGGCAGAUAUUCCUUGCCGAUCUGCCCAAGGUUCUGCCCGUUGAAACGGUCGUGCGAUUGGACGAGGAGUUUGGAUUCUCCAAGAGCAAGAAUGCAGAAAUAAGGGUGGGUUUUCUCACAGUGGCAGCAAAUUCGGGAGCAACCCAGUUCCACCCAGAAGUGGAGGCAACCCUGCUGUCCGUGGGGCGGAUGAAGUACCUGCGCCCUCUCUACAAUGGGCUGAUCCAGGGUGGUGCCAAGGACAUGGCUGAACGGGUUUUUGAAGAAGCGAAGGCAGGAUACCACCCGGUGGCACAGGCACUCGUUUCCGGUCUGCUCAAAGGGUGAGGAAGGCAAUUCUCCAUUCAACUUCCUUCAGAAUUGUAUAUGUUUUAGAGUCAGGAUAUUGGCUCCAAUAUGGGUAACAUGUUGCUGUUACCCAAGUGUUCGCUACUCACUUGUGCAAUCGCACGGCCUGGAGUCCUGGAGAACCGGAUUUCUGUUUGGUUCCUGAACGCUUGGAGGAAGUUUUACAAGGUCAGGCGCUGGCAACUUUUACAGCGAACCAGAACACUGAAUCUGGCAUUUUCGGCAGCUCACGGGAUUCGGUCUUCGAUAGACCACCAAUCAUUUCGCCGCAAUCCACUGAUCUGGGAGACAGUGACUGCGCGCCAAAUUGCAGAACAUAAACAUCAGCAGACCGCCACCCCCACCUCACCUCGGCCUAGAUUCUUCCUCCCAGACCAAAUCAAGACCCAGGAGCAGG